ACAGAUGAGGCCUCACUCUUACCGCCCAAAGUAAGGGAAGCUAUGAAGUUGUCGAGACCUCAAGAGUACCAACGCCUCGCCGGAAGACCAUUACAGAGUGAGAGCAAAAUGAAUAUUAAUGAUGAGCCUAAUAGGACAGGAGGUCUAAUGGGAUUUGUUAUGCCUAUCUAUACCAUCGGAAUUGUUGUCUUUUUCUUAUACACUAUAUUACGGAUGACUUUUAGCAAAGAUUCUGUUGAACCCAAAGAGUUACCGGAGAUACCGGUCGAAGAAAGACCGGUAUUGCAGCCCGACUUUCAAAUGAAUCCGGAAUAUAGAAAAUUCAUUUAUAACGAAGAAUACGAUGAAAAUGGAGAACGAAUGAGGAAUAUCGAGGAAAUUAAAAGGAAAGCAAAGUUUAUUAAUAAAAACCUAAAUGGAGGCAAACAUAGGAAAAAUAAACAACUAUUCAUAUCGAAAGCACUUCACGUUUUAAUCCGAGAUAUGGAAGAGUUUAAGUCAAAGAUAAAAGUAGAGGAAACUAAUGAAAGACAAACCAAACCAAACGAUUCAACAGAAGAGGACAUAGACUUGAGUGAUAACAAUUCUGAGAAGGAAAUCAAUGAAAAGAGUGACAAAUUAGACGAAGAGUGCAGUGAAAAGACUGAAGAAAACGAAAACAAUAUCACUAAUGAAUCGUAUGAAGAAUGCGAUGAACAAAAUGAAAAUGAAUCCGAUAUUGAGAAUGAAGUGAAUGAGAAAUUUGACGAAACCUUUAGUAUCGACAAUAAGUGUCGCAAAGAAGACGACAUCAAAAGAAAUAUAUUAAAGAAUCUCAAUUCAGACAAUCUCAAUUCAGACGUUUGGGAAUCACUUCUCAAAGGAAUGAAAGAAUUGGAAACUCUUAAAGAAGAA